UGGAGGGGGCGGGAUGAUGACGUCGAUUUCCGGGCUUUCUCCGAGUGUCUGCAGGAAUAAGAAGAGGAGGAGAAGCGAGCUGUGCGCCGCCGACGACGAGCGUCCCGAAGCGGGCUUGAGGCCAUGACGACGCCGCCCCUCCUUAAACCGCCGAUCGGCAGCCAGCAGUCGCCAUGCGGCCCCCCCUCCUCCACCGGAAUGGCGCCAACAAGGUUUCCCGCCAGCACGGCUGAUCCGCUCCAGCAUGAGGACGCAGAAUGAAAACAAGGAGGGGUGCGCGGGGGAGGAGAACAAUGUGAAAGCGGGGCAGCUGUGGCGGGACGCCGCCCUCCGCUCCAGGAAGCUGCGGAGCGACCUCCGCCAGCUGACCCUGUGCUCCAAAGACCAGGACCUGUCCCACAUCGAGGCCCUCAACCUGGGCAACAACUUCCUCCACGAGCUGCCUGAAGGUCUAUCGUCCAGCCUCAACAACCUGCGCGUGCUGGUGCUCCGCAGGAACCACUUCACCUCCGUCCCGCAGGCCGUGUUCGAGCUCCUGCAGCUGGAGGAACUGGACUUGAGCUACAACCAACUGAGCGGCGUGGCGGAAGGUGUGGUCCGCCUGAGCGUGCUCAAGAAGUUGAGCGUGAGCCACAACAACAUCCAGCAGCUUCCCGAGCACAUCUCCGCACUGAGGCUCCUGGAGGAACUGGACAUCAGUUUCAACCAGCUUCACGCCGUCCCCGCCUCGUUCUCCCGCCUGGCCAGGCUGCGCACGCUGGACGUGGACCACAACAAGCUGGGACGCUUCCCACCUGAGAUCCUGGCACUUGGCGACUUGGAGGAACUGGAUUGCUCCGGCAACACUUUUGAGGUGGUGCCGGAAGACGUGGCAGAGCUGAGGAGCGUGAAAAUUUUGUGGCUGAGCAGCCUUCGCUUAAAGUCGUUACCUGAGACCUUCUGCGACCUGCAGCACCUGGAGAGCCUGAUGCUGGACGGGAACCACCUGACCGUGCUGCCCGCCGCCUUCGGCGACCUGAAAAGACUCAAAAUGGUCAACUUGUCCUCCAACGAGCUGACUGAAUUCCCUUCGGUUCUUCUUAACAUUUUGGGCUUGGAAGAGAUCUACUUGAGCAGGAAUAAACUCACGCAAGUACCGCCGGAAAUCGGGCAGCUGCAGAAUCUGGCCAAUCUUUGGCUGGACAACAACGCCAUCACCUACCUGCCCAACUCGCUGGUGGACCUGGCAAAGCUGGAGGAGCUGGUUCUCCAAGGGAACCAAAUCGCCGUCCUUCCUGAUGAUUUCGGAAACCUGUCCAAGGUCAACAUUUGGAAGGUGAAAGACAACCCGCUCGUCCAGCCUCCGUAUGAGGUCUGCAUGAAAGGCAUCCCGCACAUUGCCAUGUAUCAAAAGGAGCUGGCACACUCGCAGCUCGCCGUGAAGCCUAGACUCAAACUGGUUCUGAUGGGACUCGCAGGGGCUGGGAAGACACAGUUGCGGCACAUGCUGACCGGGUCGCACGAAACCGAAGCGGUCAAGGAAAGCGAUGGAAUCCAUGUCGCCAGCUGGGUGGCGGAGGGCGGUCUCACAUUCCUGGUCUAUGACCUUUCGGGAAACCAGAACCUAGACCUCAUUAAAGCUUUUUUCCUCUCCCACGGUGCGCUCUACAUCCUGGUGGUGAACCUCAAAGCGUACUCGUCUUGUCACUUUUAUGCCCACGUUGGCUACUUCCUUCACUUGCUGAGUGCCAAGGUGCCCGGGGCUGUUGUGUUAUUGGUGGGCACGCACAUCGACCGGUGUGGGGAGGCGGAGCUGGAGGAGAAGAGGCUUGACAUCCACCGCCAGGUCGGCCUGCAGUGGAGGCGGGACGUCCAAGUCCUGAUUAGUCUGGCGUUUAACGUGGACCAGGCUCUUCAACAGGGCUACGCUGCACGCACCUCCAACCCUUAUAACGCCUUCUAUGGCGUCUCAGACUGUAAUCUGCUGCAGAAAAAGUCCAGGUUACAGUUCCUGUUGAGCAACCGCCUUCAGAUCUUGUCUCCGGUGCUGAGCGUCAGCACGGAGACCCGGACUAACAUCCAGCACCUGAGGGAGAAACUAACAUUUGUUGCUGAGCACCUUGACAUCUUCCCCAACCUUCACCGAGUGCUGCCCAGGUCCUGGCAGACGCUGGAGGAGCUGCACCUGAAGUCCAACGACAUGUGGCUCACCUGGUGGGACGCGGCUCGCCUCGGGCAUCAGGCGGGGUUGACGGAGGAGCACCUGCACAGCGCCUUGUCCUACCUGCAUGAAUGCGGCCAGCUGCUCUACUUUGAGGGCAACCCUGCCCUGAAAGAUUAUGUCUUUCACAACAUUUCACGCCUUAUAGGCGUCCUUAACGUUUUCUUUCAAAGUGAUGUGCUGGGCCGCCUCUUACCAGAGGUCGAGGAGGAAGAGAACUUUGAGCCGGCGCGGCGGCAGAAUCAUUUGGAGACUUUCCUCCGAUGCGGCCUUUUACCCUCCACCGCCAUCCACCUGCUGUUCUGCCCCCCCGUCCAGACCCAGCGGGACUUGAUGCUCUCCAUGGAGCUUCUGGAGAAAAUGGGCAUCUGCUACUGCGUCAACAAGCCCCGCGGCAACUCCCCAAAUGGCGCCGCCGUGCUGUUGUACAAGUUCCCUGUCUUCAUUGCCAGCGAGGAGACCCAAGCGGACCAAAGCUCCCAUCCUCCCUUCCAGCCGCUGUCGGUGGAGCAGCUGCAAAUCCAAUACAGCUUCCCCUUCCUGUUCCCGCCCGGACUCUUCGCUCGCUUCAGCGUGCGCAUCGACAGCCACGUGGCCCAGAGGUCGGACGGCCCCGACCGCAUUCUGGCAUACCGAGGCAAGGUGCCGGUUGUGAUCAGCCACCGUCCCUCUGCGGGGAAGCUCCAGGUGGACACUUUGUCCAUCGCCAGCCACGCAUCACUGCCAAACAUCUGGACGGCGUGGCAGGCCAUCACGCCGCUGCUCCACGAGCUCAACGCGCUGCUGCGGGAAUGGCCCGGCCUUCACUACGCCGUCCACAUCCUGUGCUCCAAGUGCCUCCGCAGGGGGUCCAGCAACCCACACGCCUUCCCAGGUGAGUUGCUGGGUCAGCGGCGGCCUGACGGACUGACUGAGCUGGUCUGCCCAAAGAACGGUUCAGAGAAGGUCAACGUGGCUCUGGUCUUCCCGCCCACACCCACUGUGCUCAGCACCUCCCCCGAGUGAAGAUGCCCCUCCCACAGUACUGCCUGCACUUUUCUUUAAGACUCUUCCAUUCCAUGAACCUUUUUUUAGUCACAUGAUGGCUUGCUCAUGCCGUCAGAACGCGACUGGUCUCAGGACUCGACUCAUGACUGUUUGAGGGGGGGGUGGGGGGGUGGGGGUUCGGUCACGUCCCAGCAUGCAAUGCCAAGCGAGCUUUUAAUUUAUUCUCCAGCCGAUCUGAAAUAGAACGUUGCAUUCGUCAUCCAGUUUGUGUCCUGAAGCUCACAAAAGGGCAAAGUUGCAAUACCUUGUCGACAGGACGGCGGCACAUUACCGUGGCAACACAUGACAGGACUGCCGCAAAGAGCAAUGAUGAUGAUGAUGUGGUUUUAUGACGUAAAUAAUGCAUUUUUAUUUUUCUACCUUGGAGGCACUCAAAGUGCACGAGGAGGCUGCACGUUGAACACCAAAAUAAUAAACUUGAUCAGCAUUUAUCGCUUCUUCCUCUCAAACACUUUGAUCAU